ACGUGUAACCUGUAGAUGUUUUUCUUCCGACUAGGAGCUUGAGGAGAGAGAGAGAGAGAGAGAGACAGACACACACACCGCGAAAACCUUCCACAAAUUCAGACCUCCCAAGUAACGUUACACGCAGCAAAACAUCCCAGUUUUCAUCAUGGCGCUGGAUGGAUGUGGCCUCUUCUGCAAGUAUACCCUCUUCAUUUUCAACGCUAUCUUUGCGUUGGUGGGCUUUGCCUUUUUGGGUCUCGGCUUGUGGCUGAGGCUCAGCGACAGCACCAGAGGCAUCUUUCAAAUAGAGGACUUGAACUCAAGUGCAUUUGUUAUCGCUGUGAUUGUACUGAUUGCUCUGGGCUCAGUGAUGCUGAUUGUGGUGGUGUUUGGAGACUACGGUGCCUGCAAUGAGAAAAGAUGUGCUCUUCAAGUGUUCUCCGCCCUUCUGACCAUUCUGGCAAUGGCUGAAAUUGCUAUUGGAGUGGUUGCUUAUUCCAGCAAGGAACGGGUUGGACUGCACAUUGUGGAGUUCUACAGUAGCCUGUAUGCUCUGUAUAUCACAGGCGGAGACCCAGUCAUUGGUGCCACUCUCACGUUCAUCCACAAUAUGCUUCAUUGCUGUGGAGUGACCGGGAUCGUGGUGAUAGAGUUGGCCAAAAACACCUGUCCCAAAGCAGAUGGGUUUUGGGAGCAGCUCAAGCAGCCUAAUUGUCCUCUGAUCAUCGCAGAUGUCUUUAACAGUAAAGCAGCACUAGUGAUGGGCAUCUUUGUCGGAACGGGAGUUCUUUUGAUCACAGCCCUGGUCUGCACCACGGUCCUCCUGAAACAGACCAAGAGAAACCAGCAGGAGGUCACUGCGUACUACACCACGGUGUACUAACAAGACGAUUGGGUUUUCAACCCUUCCCCUCCUCUGCCUCAACGAGGACCAUCGCUGGAAUUCAGGCUUAAACAGCAAACAAAUGUUUACCGAUUCAUUUUUUUUAACCACUGAACUAGAAUAGUGUUUAAGUGAAUGUUUUUAUCCUAAAACAUCACACUAAUCAUUUCACCCAUUGUGAGCAGGGCUGUUGACAACCAAUAUUUUAUUGUGCUUUUGCUUUAAUAAUCAUGCAGUAACUCUUGGUGAAAUGGAUGUUGCUUAUAAUCGGCUCUUCAUCUACCGUCACAGCUAGACAGCCACUGUGGUUUCGCCUGACAGACCUCUUCAUCA